GCUGAUGUCCUAUUUCAGAUUAAUUUAUUCAAAAUAGUACUAAUUACUGAUUAAGAAACGAUUCUGUUCUCUUCAAUGUCUAUCCAAAAUCAAAAAGUGGACAACUACCAGUGGGUAGCUUAGCCUGCUCACUGCACACACAGCACCCCUCUCACUCUCUCUCUCUCCCUGUGUAUAUAUAUUUAACCAUUAUCAACAGUUUCUGAUCUAGGGUUGCUUCUGCUUUCUUCAUCCUCAGCCGAAAGUGCAAAUCUUUCUGUUCCUUCUCCUUCUCUUCUUCGUCUAGGAAAAAUGCAAAGGGCAGUUAGUGCAUUUUUGUCCCAUGGAGAUCUGGUAAAAAAUGCUGUUCUGCAACGCUUCCGUGUUGCGAAUCCAGUGCUAAGGCCUAUUUUGUUUUCUCGUUUUGAGUCUGUGUCAUCUGCUCGUAUGGAAGAGCAAAGCUUUGAAAGCACUACAAUUGCUGACAUCUUGAAAGCCAAAGGGAAAGGUGCUGAUGGCUCUUGGCUUUGGUGCACCACUGAUGACACUGUGUAUGAUGCUGUCAAGUCGAUGACACAUCACAAUGUUGGAGCCUUGGUGGUUGUUAAACCUGGAGAGCAGAAAUCACUUGCAGGAAUUAUCACAGAAAGAGAUUACCUGAGGAAGAUCAUAGUACAAGGAAGAUCAUCCAAGUCAACCAAGGUUGGGGACAUUAUGACUGAAGAGAACAAGCUCAUUACAGUCACUCCCCACACAAAAGUUCUGCAAGCAAUGCAAUUGAUGACAGAUAACCGCAUCAGGCACAUUCCUGUCAUUGACGAUAAGGACAUGAUUGGAAUGGUGUCCAUCGGAGAUGUUGUUCGUGCUGUAGUGACCGAGCACCGGGAGGAACUCGACCGCCUGAAUGCUUACAUUCAAGGAAGUUACUAGAUGAUGACGAGAACUGAAGAUCGAAUGCUGAGGAUGUGUUUGCUCUUGGAAGACAAGGAAGCAAGACAAGGGCUUGUAAAUAUGGCAUGUUGUCUGUGUGUGUGUGUGUGUAGUUUAAGGUGGUUUUGUCCAUUUCCAUAUCAGAAUAUCUGAUGUCAAAUAACAGUGUGUGGACUAAUAGGUUCAUAAUAAGCAGAGUCUUGGCGCUUGAUGAAUGGUUCAUGUUCAUGGUCAUUACCAUCUUAUGGGUGGUUAUAGACCUGCAAUGUCAAACUCCUGAAAACUUCUAGUUUCCAAGAUUUCAUGGCUUCUUUUUGGUAGGGCGAAAUGUAUAUUUAGGUAUAUUUGCAUA